GUGACGGCGCCCGGAAGCGGCUGUCCAGGCGGCUAAAAAACCAUGGCUAGGGGUCGGCGCUGAGGCUGCGCAAGGUGGGCUGAACUAGAGCAGGAGCGGGAGCCGGAGCUGGAGCCGAAGCCCGGGCCGGGCAGGGCCGACCGCUACCAUGUCCACACAGAGGCUUCGGAAUGAAGACUAUCAUGACUACAGUUCCACAGACGUGAGCCCCGAGGAGAGCCCAUCUGAAGGCCUUGGGAGCUUCUCCUCCGGCUCCUACCAGCGCUUAGGAGAGAACAGUAGCAUGACAUGGUUCCAGACCUUGAUCCACCUGCUAAAGGGCAACAUUGGCACCGGACUGCUGGGGCUGCCUCUGGCGGUGAAGAAUGCAGGCCUCUUGUUGGGUCCUCUCAGCCUGCUGGUGAUUGGCAUUGUGGCCGUACACUGCAUGGGUAUCCUGGUGAAGUGUGCUCAUCACUUAUGUCGUAGACUGAACAAACCCUUUUUGGACUAUGGGGACACGGUGAUGUACGGACUAGAAUGCAGCUCCAGCUCCUGGGUCCGGAGCCACUCCCACUGGGGAAGGCGCAUCGUGGACCUCUUCCUCAUCAUCACUCAGCUGGGGUUCUGCUGCGUCUACUUUGUGUUUCUGGCGGACAACUUUAAACAGGUGAUAGAGGCGGCCAACGGGACCACCACCAACUGCAACAACAAUGUGACCGUGAUCCCGACAUACACCAUGGACUCUCGACUCUACAUGCUCGCCUUCCUGCCCUUCCUGGUGGUGCUGUCUUUCAUCAGGAACCUGCGUGUCCUGUCCAUCUUCUCCCUGCUGGCCAACCUUAGCAUGUUUGUCAGCCUGAUCAUGAUAUACCAGUUUAUCGUCCAGAGGAUCCCAGACCCCAGACCCCUCCCCUUGGUGGCUCCAUGGAAGACCUACCCUCUGUUCUUUGGCACAGCGAUCUUUGCUUUUGAAGGCAUUGGAGUGGUUCUACCCCUUGAGAACAAAAUGAAGGACUCACAGAAAUUUCCAUUGAUCCUGUAUUUGGGGAUGGCUCUCAUCACUGUACUCUACAUCAGCCUGGGGAGCCUGGGGUACCUGCAAUUCGGAGCUGAUAUCAAGGGCAGCAUCACCCUCAACCUGCCCAACUGCUGGUUGUACCAGUCUGUGAAGCUGCUGUACUCCAUAGGCAUCUUCUUCACGUAUGCUCUCCAGUUCUACGUUGCGGCUGAGAUCAUCACCCCGGCCAUUGUGUCCCGAGUGCCUGAGCGUUUCAAGCUGGUGGUGGACCUUUGUGUGCGCACUGCCAUGGUCUCUGUGACAUGUGUUCUGGCCAUCCUCAUCCCCCGCCUGGACCUGGUCAUCUCCCUGGUGGGCUCCGUGAGCAGCAGCGCCCUGGCCCUCAUCAUCCCGCCCCUGCUGGAGGUGACCACCUACUACGGAGAGGGCAUGAGCCCCCUCACUAUCAUCAAGGACGCCCUCAUCAGCGUCCUGGGCUUCGUGGGCUUCGUGGUGGGGACCUACGAGUCUCUGCGUGAGCUGAUCCAGCCAAGCCAUAGCGGCUCCUCUACCAAUUCCACCAGUGCCUUCAUAUAAGGAUCUGGGCAUGCACCCUCCACCUGCCCAGCCCCACCCUGUGUGUCUCCCAGUAGUAUCCCCACAUCCUCAGGAAUGGUUUAGCCUCUGGAAAAAGGCAGGGUUUCUGCCUGGGCACUCCUCUAUCUGGCAUUGGACCCUUGGGUAACCUGGGCUAGUUGAGACUGAGACUGGGAGGAGGGCGGGGAGCAGACCCUCCGCUUGCGAUGGUGCCACCACUGCUCUCCUUUAUCAUGCCUCCUCCCUCAGCACUGCCCCCACCCCGGUCUAACCUGCCACACCUAAAUUAUUCCCAUUGCACAGCUCACUUUAUUUAAAAGGUAGUCUCCUGCUCCCGACAUUUUCUCCCUCCCAGGGACAGGCCUAGAUUAAAUAAGGGGGGGGGGGGGCGCUCAUGUUUUACAAAGUCAGGCCUCUCUCUCAUAGGGCUCCCAAAUGCAGUACCUCACUAUGUUAUCCAGCUGAGUCCUGAGAGGGUUCUGGAUGCCCCCAUCCCCCAUAGUUUACAGCCAGCCCUGAAUGCUGAAGGUUUCCAUCUACUGUCUGGCUUGGGGAACGAACCCGCAGGCCACAUCACCUCUUUUCUCGUUUCCUCUGUAGGUCACAGUUCUGCCCCUUGAUUCUUUUAGCUCUUAAAGAUAACUAGAUGCUGCCCAGACUGGAGGUAUUUAUAGUGUAUUUAAACUUAGGUUCCGGACUCUUACUUCAGACCUGGCAUCACGGUGGGCCACUUCUCCUUCAGCAACUUGCUUGAAGUGGCCUCUCCUGCCACUAAGAAACGUGCUCCAGGGGACCGUGGAUGUGCCCUCUGCCCUCUUGGCUCUGUGGCCCAGAGGCCAUUUUGUUGUUUGUUUUGUUUUGCUUUGCUUUGCUUUGCUUUGCUUUGUUUCAAGACAGGGUCUCAUGCCACCAUAGUUGGCUUUGAACUUGCUUGCUAUGUAGUCAAGGAUGAUGAUGGACUCUCUCUCCUUCUGCCUUUGCCCCAAGUACUGAGAUUGCUAGCAUGAGCUGCCACACCUAGCUGUCUCAGAGACCUCAAGCAGAUCAUGUGAGCAAGUACCACCUCUGGAAGACCAUGCACAUGUGGACUUCCGUUCACGAGAUUGACUCCAUGUGGGCACUCGGAAGUACUUGUGGUACACAAGGCCAAGGACGGGGUGCGGUUCCUCUUCAUAGACACUACGCACAAGGGUCAUUGUUUACAGUUCCUGGGGAGAGAGCAGAAACUCUGCCUUGCCCCAAGCUGCCUCUGUAUCCUGGUCUUCCAAGGAACCACUAAACACUAACUGCGGCCCAUACUUGUCCUUAUUAUGCCUUUCACAGAGUCACCUGGCUUCUAGGUCAGUCACCUUAGGGUGUGCCUUUAGAGGCCACUGAGGGAGUCUGUGGUUUGCCGCUGCCCCCCUGUUGAUGUCAGGACCGUUGUUAGCUCCCCAUCUCUGAGUUAUGUGUGUGUGAUUGUGCAUACGUAUGCACAUGACAAAGCGGUUUGUGUCUCCUCCUCUCUGGUUAGCAGGCUCUUACCUAGAGAUAGGAUUUGCCUUGAACCUUGAGUUAGACAAAGAAGCAAGAAUUUAUCAGGGUCUUGCUUCUGUGUUUGACAGAAGCUAGUGGCCCAACCUUGCAGCCAAACCCUUUCCUGCUGUUCUGUGCAGAGCCUGCUGAGUGACUUCCAGGUCAUGGGAUGGGAAGGAUGGUCUCUGGCUACAGCAGCAGCUGGCCUUAGCAGUGUUGCUAGGAGGAGGCAUUGCUAUCUUGGCCCCCAAGGAGAGCAAUGCUUUUUUCUCUUUUUGGCAUCAGUGUCCCCACAGGUGCUUAUGUGGCCUGGUGCCAGCUGGGAUUCACAGAUGCCUUGCUUUCUGGAGUCUCAGGCUAGAAAAAUGACCAAAGUGGGUUCAGACGCUGGCCAGCCACCAAACCGUGGGCCAGGCUCGCUCCUAGAGGGACCCAAACUUGGCCUCCAGGAUGGGAGGACUGUAUUCAGAACUGUUAGAGGCACUUGUACCCAAGUUGAGACCCAAGGCCAGCUAUCUCUUCAGGGCCCCUGGUGACACCAUGUGGAAUGCCUUCUAUAGCAUUUGGCUGAUGGCAGCUUCCUUGGUGCCUUGGUAUGGAUGAUAUCUUUCGAUCUCUUUCUGUGCUCCUAAGGCGUUGCCAGUUUGGUGACUUGACUCUUUGAGCAAGAUCAGGGCCUUUCUGGGUAGACACCAGGAAGCUGCUAAGCACAUAGCACCAGGCGCCACACACAGCCCAAGCGCCCACAGGAGCCCUGAGUCAGAACCCUCCGGACCCCUCCCACUGUCAGUUUGGAGCCAGAUGGCCCCCGGUGAGAAAACACAGAUAAAUGGGAACUUGGGCAGAACAAUAGAGACAAGACUUGUAGAGACUAAACCUGAAUCCAGAUGUCCCAGGGGCAGUCAUGCCCUGUCCUUGCCAGCCCAGUCCUUGUCUGAACCCAAAGUUUAUCUUCAGAGUCCUGUUAUCCCAGCCUUGAAUGCAAGCACUUGCUGGGAAGAGUGAGAACCAGCCCGAGCCACCCACCGUGCCCUUAGCUGUGGCAUCACUUGUGCUGCUGUCUGGGUCAGGAGAGGUAGAGGUUAGCGUAGGCCCCGCCCUGUCUCACCUCUCUAGCCACACCUACGGGCAGGUGCUGCCCGUCAGCUCUCUUCCCUUGAAAGCCUUGGGUAAGUGUGAUGAGUGGUCUGAAGGUAGAUCCCAGAGCCUGUCCUUAGACCCUCUCCUCCUCAGACUUCUCCCUCCCUCCAGUGUCUGCUCUUCGGACGCCAUUGUUUCACCCGAUCCUUCCAGGAAAUGCAGAGCUCAGAUCAUGUUUACAGCAUUCACUGUCCCCUUCGCAGCCGAGGGCUCUGGACACAGGUUUGCUUUCCCUACUGGGUAGCCCCAGCCACCACUUCCAUUGGGACACCGAGGCUUUCUGGAGCCUGGUGCAGGAACCAGACAGAGUGGUAGGACGUGGCAAUCAGGAGGGUGGCGCCAAGUUGGCUUGAGAAUUUAAUUUUCCAAAGUACAUUACAAAUCAGAUACCAUUAGGGGAGAGCAGGCCAUGUGGCUCGUCUUUGAAACCAUGGUCAAUACUUGAAGGCACUUUAGUCCUGCUGGCCGUGCCAGCUUCUGUCUGGCCAGUAUCUUCUUUUUCUGUAUCUCCUGAGUCAUUCCCUGGUCAGAGACAUUAAACCGCGCUCAUGGGCAGUUAUCAGAAAAAAGAAGCAGAAAAUGAGGCUAGAAGGAACCUGGUGUUUGCCCUGUUCUUUGGUUUAAAUCAAGCUGAUGUUGAAGAAGCUGGAUUUUUUUUUUUUUAAUGAAUAAUAGAAUCCCAUGUGUGUAUUGUAAAACCAUCAGUGGAUGUUCGCAUCCAGGAAGGCGAGAACUGCCACACAGGGAGUCUUGGCAGCCAGGCAGCACCAUGUGCUCUGCGCCUCCUCGGAUGUGCAUUGCCUACACACGUGGGUCAUGUCAGAGCUUCUAGGUCUCAUUUGGGUUGCACAUAUGGAUCUUUUGUUAAAUUUCCACUUCAAUAAAUGAAUCUUAUUUUUUAUUUUUGA